AAGCGAUGACGAGGUGCUGUUCCCCCGCAAACUUCAUGCUUAUAUUCACUCCGUAAUGUCCGAAGGGAAGCUUCGUGAGAAGCUUGAAUGGUCCUCGCAAAAAAAAACUCCGGAAAUUCGCUGUAUGAUUGAUCCGCACACGAAAAACAGCAAUGGUGUCCUGCGACGAGAUUAAAUCCGAGUGGAUAUCAGUGUCGAAUAACAAAGGAGCGGAAAAUGAUGACUCGAUUAUUUUUACCGAGCAAUUCGUGAAUAAGGUGCAACACUUCAGCUCACAGUACGGAAGUGAUAAAAGCAUAUCCUACACGGCGUACAACAUAGCUGGUAACCCGAGCAAGUUUCCCGACUAUGGUGAUUUUCCUCAGGCAUUUGUCAUGAGAACGUACGGCUGUUGGUGGGACAAGGCGCCAUCCAGACUAGUUGAUUACAUGCCGCAGAACAAUGACAAUGUCGUCUGCCAGGACUACAUAGAUGUGGCGUACGAUCGUGAGGUUUAUCCAAUCAGAGUGUCCAUAUAUGAGACUUAUAACCCGGGCAGCGUUGUUGGAAUUUGGGCUGCCGAUAGCAGCGGAAAGUGGAGCCGUCUUUGGAGAGGGCUGCCGCAGGUAGUUUCACACAAGCCAAGGAUAUUUUCUCCCCCUCUACAGCCAUGCUGUUUCAAGACCAAGAUGCUUAGACUGGAGUUCAACCACAGUAAGCAGGACUAUUACACAGAGCUGGAUGCCGUCCUCCUCAUCGGCACUUCGGAAUUUAUUCAACCCCACUUUAGAUUCAACAAUAAAAACUUGAGCACCUUGCUUCGGCAGCUCAACGACAGUACCCUUGAUUGCGAUGACGUUUAUAAUCUGACGCCAGAUUAUUUACAGACACACAAAGAUUUAAGGGAGCUGAAAAACACGUUUUACAAGCACUGUCAACUCUCGAACAGAAAUGUUACGGGUAGGAUACACAAGGGGACCAUAAUUGACAGGCUAGGAACUGACUACCACUGCAUACCGCCAAUCGAAGAAGCAGUUAGCAGUCUGCACAGGUUUCUCCAGGAAGACUUUCCAAAAUUGAUGCAGGACAUCGAUCUUUCAACUUCCUCAAGAAGUGCAGUGGCUGGAAACAAGACUGGGAGUUCGUUACAGUCGGGUGAUAUUUGCGGCAGUUUUUCUGUGUUGCCCGACGAAGCGGUACUGAAGAUUCUUAGAAAUCUCGAUCUCAGAUCUCUCUGUCGCUGUUGUCAAGUUAAUCGGCAUUUCAACAAUAUAGCAAGAGAUGCACUUCUCUAUACCAGCCUAAACUUGAAACCAUAUUGGUACUGUAUUGACACAAGCGCGCUUGAAACGCUGGCCUCGAGGUGCCAAUAUCUUCAGCGUCUAGAUCUCUCCUGGUGCGGCAACUACAACACGAUAACAUCUAAAGACAUUCAGGAAUUUCUCACGUCCAGCGGAAAUCAGUUGACGCACCUUAGAUUCAAUUCCUGCCAGUUUGUCAACAAUUCCGUGAUACUGAAGGUUUCCAUGAUCUGCCGAAACCUAAAAGAACUUUGCCUUCGCAACUGCGUGGAGAUAACUAAGGACGGAUUUUGGCCUCUGGCAAACCUGCAGCAGCUCGAACGUCUCGAACUUUACAGAACGUUGAUUCAGACGCCGUCGCUGUGCGCGAUUCUUAAGGGAAAUCGAGGCAUGCGCCACCUGAACCUUGCCGCUUGUGACCACGUUCAUAACAUGGACGAUAUAGCGAUGGAGGUUGCCUACUCGUGUCCUCACCUCGAGAGCGUUGAUUUCUGGAAGAGCCAUAGCCUGACGCCCCACGGAGUCAGAGCCCUCGCUCGUUGCACGAUGCUUAGAGAGGUCGACUUCGGAUGGUGCCUAGGCAUGGGAGCUCCAGGGGAGUCGCUGAGAGCAUUGGCUGCGUCCUGUCAGAAUCUGGAGAAGGUCUUUCUCGCUGCUCUUCGCGGCCUCACCGAUCGUGACCUCGAGCCGUUUUUAGCCUGCUCUAAACUCAGACAGUUGGAUUUCCUUGGCGCAAGAUCUCUUACUCCCGAAAUAUGUCUACGAUUUUUAUUAUAUUGCACUCAGCUGGAAAUGAUGGAUCUCAGCUUUUGCGAAGGUAUAAGCGAUAUGAAGAUACACGAAUGGCGUCAGCUUUAUCCUCAUGUAUCUAUUAAGCGUAGUUUUCAAGCAAGUGGAUCGGUUUUUACAUAGUUCAUCGAUGUUAUUGCUCUGUUCGUCCGUUUAUCAGUUGCUUUUUUUUUUUGACCAUGUCACCUUGCAAUAGUCCGAAAUUCCCGUCUUUACAACGUAUAACCAUUGGAGUUUUGUCGGAUGGUCUGCUUGGUUUUUUCCCUUGUAGAUCAGUUUCAUUUUCGGUGACAUUUUACAUCUUUGCACCAGGAAAUCAUUUGAAAAACAAAUUUUCACUAGCUUGCGAAAUCGACUUGGAUUAAUAAAUUUUGGUGGACGAGUGACGAUGCGUCGGGGAAUAUUUUAUUAGAAGGUGACUCGAAAUUUUUCAGCAAGCAACAACAACCUCUUCCGGUUUAUUGUUUUAUUCGUAUAAGGAUUGUUUUAUUAUUAUUUAUUAUCGUGACAUUAUUGAUAGACGCGAGUAUAUUUUACAAUCGUUAAUUUUUAUCAAGUCUACACUGUAUCUCCUUGAAAAACUUUUCUCUGGGAUGAUAAGCAAUAUACAUCAUCACUAUUAAGAUUGAUUAGGAUAUUCUACAUAUUUAGUUCAAAUUUGAAGUGUCGAAUUGCCGUGGUGUCAUAUUAUCUUCAUAUUAGCUCACGUUCUAAGCUUGAGAUCUUCGUUCGAGUAGAUAUACCUAUGUGAGUACAUGCGUAUGGAGUAGUGCGUACUUAAAAGCAGAGUUCUCUCCGUCCAAAAGACUGAUCAAACAUGUGCUUUUUUUCCACUCUUCGAAGCGAUCGUUCCUGCAGCAUGUGACUGAAAAAAGAUCCACAGACACGAUAUAAAAUUGUACAUAUCAAACGCAGCUAAUAUAAUAAAUCUAGAAAACAAUUGUACCUCUGGGGCCUUAGAAAAAAAAAAAAUGGUGUCUGUACACUGACAAAACAUAAAAAUACACUGUAGUAUUAAUUGAA